CGGAGCGAGUUAGUGAGAGAGAGAGAGACAGAGAGAUGAAGGGUAUUAAAAGAUCUUUGAUGGUAGGUGCAGUGGUGAUUCUCUUGCUUGCAGCAGCAGAAGGGGACCAAACAAAGACGUCUCCUUACAAAGAUUGCUAUGGAAAAUGCUAUUCCGAGUGCAAUCUCACAAAGCCUCUUUUCUGUGCCUCACUUUGUGUUGGCAAAUGCAAGCAUGGAAAGUCCAUCCCAGAUAAUCUCUGCAACUGUACUUACAGUUGUUCCAAGUUUAGGUGUGCAAAUGUGGGCUCUGAUCCAGAGAAAAUACAAAGCUGUGUGAGUAGCUGCUCCAAUUUGUGCACCAGAAGUAACUAUUAGCAAGUGUACUUGGCCAAACAGCCACUUUAUGUAAUGCUGGCCAUUGAAAUAAAAAAGCCAGGCAUCAUGAAAUUGAUGUUCUGUUUCUAUA